GAAUGCCAAUAGACAUCAAUAUACGGUUUGUGCCUUCGGAUGAUCAGGUCAUGGGCCUUGAGAAAUUGUCAAUAUCGAGCAGUUGUCUCCAUGGCUCUUCAACGAUUGAUAAGAGCACGGAGAUCCUCUUGGCAUCUUGACUAGUAGAUAUGGGGCUGACCAAAACACCAACAGCUGUUCGAGCACUGCGGAACCCAGAGCUUUUCAAAUAUAACCAUUUCCGGCAAGCCGCUCUUGCAGUAGCUGUUGGAGUGGCCAUUCAAUUGAUCAUUCAAAUCCCCAUCAUCGGAGUUAAGUUCCUUCUAUGGAUCAUUUCAUGGGUAGCCGACUUGGAGAGUGCGACCUGGGACGAUGGCCUUCUUGAAAGUCUCGACUUCCUGAGCAAGUCGGUACUUCAAGUCCCCUUCCUGCUGAUGACGCUCAUGCGAUACAUAACCCCAACCCUGGAUGAAAUUUUCAUGGAAUCACUGAAAUGGGUCGACUCAACCUAUGCUGAUAAGCAUAAAUUGGACGAUCCCAAAACACUUCGGUCUAUGUAUUACCCCAACCUUACCAUGUACUCGACGAAAGGCAGUGUCGGUGUGUCUAAGCCAGCCGGAGAAUCCAUUUUCCUAUUCCUCCGUCGGUAUGGGCGCAAGGCUGGAAUGAUGCUUGGCGUCUUUUUAUUAUCUCUUCUUCCAAUCGUUGGGCGCUUUGUGAUGCCCGCGGCCUCGUUCUAUACCUUUCAGCAGGGCGUCGGAACAGCCCCUGCUGCUGCUAUCUUCGGUACCGGCCUGGUUCUUCCCAAGCGCUACCUGGUCACCUUCAUUCACACCUAUUACUCUUCCCGCAGUUUGAUGCGUGAACUUCUCGAGCCGUACUUUUGCCGUGUCAAGUACACCACCGAACAGAAACGCCGCUGGUUUGCAGACCGCGAAGGAGUCCUAUUCGGCUUCGCCUUUGCUUUCACCGUUGUGCUGAGGACGCCUUUCGUAGGAGUUCUCAUAUAUGGUAUCGCCCAAGCAUCCACAGCUUAUCUCAUCACUAAAAUCACGGAUCCUCCGCCAAGUCCAUCUGAGAGUGAUGGCUUUGCCGAAAGCCAGGUAACCUGGAAGAAUAAACACGACUUCCUGCAGUUGUCGCUGGAUAACAUCGACAAAAUCAACAUUGCUGCCCAGGCCGGCAAAGACAGCAACAGGCCUGUUGAACCCGACGCUGUUCGGCAUAAGUUUUCCUAGGUCUGGGGAUUCGUUCUGGCACGAUCUCCUUCUAGUUUGUAUAGUGUUUUGCCUUACACGAGUCGUUACCGAGGAGAUAAGAAUCGAAGAUAAGGAUGGAUACCUCGGACUAUUAAUAUCAACCGCUUGUCUAUCCUUGUAGACACUGCAGAACAUAGUCCUAGCCUAUGGUAUGGCCCAAUUCUUAGCGUUUCUCCAAUUAGAUUUGUUAUUAUCUAUAGAU